AGAACACUUUGUUUUAAAAUAACUUCCAUUGUUCUCUCAUAGUAGGGACACAGACUUCGUGAUUUCUGCCUGGAGCUCCUUAUAUUUGCUAUUUUUACCUGAGUUCGCUUGCAGAAUAAAACCACAGAGUUUGUUUGUUUUACCCUGCUUUAUGAAUGUUGUCAAAUAUGUAAUUUUUUCAUAUUUAUCUGAAAUGAGUUUUGCUAUUUCUGUUUCUUCACAUGAAGGUGUGUUUUUGUCUAAGGUUGCUACCAAGAUGAGAUAGCCUGUUUCAGAACAGUUACCAAUAUUGUUUCUGCACUUGUGGGUAGCAUACCUGGAUGGGCUGCAGUAUUGCGCUGUAUGUUGCCUUGUGGCUGUCAUAAGAAGAGUAAUCUGUUCUUAACAUCAGACAUGCCACAGGAACUUAGAAAUAACAGAACUGAGGCUGUAUGAGAAACAUUUCAUUGUUAAUAGCUAUAAUAAUUAUAUAUAUAUAUAUAUGUUUUGAGUUACUGAAGACAGAUAAUUUGUGUGUUGCAGGUGUAUAUGUGUGUCUGUGGGAGAAGUGUGGUUUCGAAUCUGCAGACUCCAGUGAGAUAACAAGACAUGUCAAUUUCCAUUCAUACCAUACCAAAUUAAAAUGCAUUGGGUCAAAUAUUUUGGCUCGUUCAGGACUACCAAUUUGCACGUUGCAAGUUGCUGGGGAGAAAGUUGUGCCAGACUUGCCACAUGCAUUUGAAUGCUGCUGGCAAACCUGUGAAGAAACAUUCAGCAGUCCCCAGCUGUACUUCAACCAUGUUGACGUUCAUGUCUAUUGCAACCCACGUGGUAGAAAAGUGGAAGGAGGUAUUCCUUGCCAGUGGUGUGGUUGCAUGUCCAAGUCUACCUACCGAACGGUAUACAAGCUGUUAGACCACAUUAGAAUCCAUAUAAAGGAGAAACUUGUGGGGUGUCCACAAUGUGGUGGGCUCUUUGCAAGCAGGGCAAGAUUCGGUUACCACUGCAAGCAUCAGGUUCCCGUAGAAUUGCGAGGUCCGUCUGUGGAAAUGGCGAAGAACCAAAUGAAUAGGCAACGCCACAAAUGCCCCUUCUGUGGCCAGUCUUUCUCCUGUCCAUCAAGCCUUUGUUUGCACAUUCGGUACAGGCACCCAGAUAGCAAGCCGUUCAGAUGCAGCUUUUGUGAAUAUAAGCAAUACAGCGCUACCGCUGAUGUACACAGUUCACAGUUCACAGUUAUACACGCACAAGGAUUUUCAUUCUUCACUAGUCGUCUCCUGGUAACGGAAUUAAAACUAUCUCACUGUGACUAAAUCUUUUAAUCACACACCAAGUCUUUACAGGUCGAGUUAUUAUUCUUCCCGUGGCUAUAUCCUACAGAGAACUCUUUCGUAUUGCCAACGGUCUUCAAGAUAACUCAUCUGCACAGACCCCACGGAAAACACGGCCUCUAUUGUUGCGUAACCAAGACCACAUUAAAAAAAAGUCACGUAAUAUCUAAGUACUGUUGGAGUGUGACGUCAUUGCGUCUGAGCGGAAAUGUGUUUACGGAGCCGUUGCCUGGAAGUGGGUUGCAUAACUCCGUUGUUACAUUGUAGGUGUGUGUAUAAUUGCGGGCGUUGUCUGGCAGUGAAUUUACAUGUAACAAUAUUGUGACGCAUAAUGAGGAACUGGACAUUGUGGAGAGGUCGUUCCCUACGAAACUAUAAAAGAGAUCGCACGCGGAUGAGAGCCGGAAAUGUUGGAGCACUGGCCAAUCUAGGCAGUUUUGCUCCACAAAACGGGAAAAAAUGAUGAUGAUGAUGAUGAUGACGACGCAAAGUUUGGAUCUAGUGGCACCUUAAGGGAGCAUCGGGAGCAGUUAGAGAAGAGUCACGGGAAACACAGCCUUCGGAAGAAGAAUCGGCAGUGUGCGUCUAGGCUAAUGAUGAUAAGAAUCUAGAUGAGUUGGCAUGUCAUAUGUACAGAUCCUUUGUAUUUCCUAUAACUGCUGUUAUUUUCAAUUUACAGAAUCCUACCUUCAUCCCAACAUAACUAGAACCCUUAUGUCCGUUGAGUAGCGCGGUUGGAACUCUUCCUGUUUCACCAGAAUAACCUCUUGACUUCCAGGAAGGUCAGAAUUAUUCAUAAGUAUUUCGGGCCACUUCCAACAGUUGUUGAAGUAUAGAACCUUGGUUAUCUAUGCUGUUGUUAGAUUUCACUAAUGUGCCAGUCGACGAAGCCCUACAAAUGAUCAGAAAUUAGCUCCAUAAUCACAACACAUUGGCGGAACGAUCUGUCUUGCAGGUCGAAGCCAUCACGGUGCUGCUGGAAGUAUUUCAAGGUGGGUGAGAAGUUAUUCAGAAAGAAAGUUCUCUGUCACCUAUCGUUAGCAGCAUCUACAUGGAGCAUUUUGAGAAAUUGCUUCUUGACUCGGCACAAAACAAACCAUCACUGUGGCUCCGGUAUUUGGCCUGGUCACACAGUCCAGAGCAGUUACAGGAACUCCUCAGCCACCUCAGUAGUUUAAGCCCUUCCAUCCACUUCACUAUGAAAAUUGAGUGAAAAAUUCGAUUCCUUUUCUGGGUGUUCUUCUAAUCAGGAAAAUGACGACAUAGGCCACCAACAUUUACAGGUAACCCAAUCACAUUUGUCAAUCCCUCAACUUGAAAUCUAACUUACCGACAUAUGAGAAGCAAUGCGUAAUUCAAAGCUUUCACAAGAGAGCUUCCACCUUAUGCCAAGAACGACAAGAUAUAUGUAAUGAAAUUAGUAGCCUGAGACGUGACCUCCAUUUCAACGUUUAUCUCAAAUGAUUCAUUGACAUGGUUAUUAAUUCCAAGUGUACCAUUCAUCUGAACAAACAUGUAAAGCUUCUGGGCUAUUUGUAUAUCGUAUAUGUGAAGGGUGUUCCACAGAAGUUCAAACGUAUAAGGAAUCCAUUUAAUAUUAGGAUGUUCUUCUAAUCUAACCAAAUACUUAAGAGUAUAUGCAUGAAAACAAGGAGGGAAAGGAAAGUGCAACAGACGGCACUAUUCGUCACCAGCCUUCCCUGUGAAUAUAGCAGAAACUAUCGUGGGUCAUUUCAUAAAUAAUGCACAGGUUGGCACCACUGCGGAUGGAGCAACAACAGUGAGUCUCACGUCAGUUACAGUUCAGGGCUUGAGAAAGAAACGCGUUAUUUUGUUUCAUUUAUAAUAUACUCUGUUCUUAAAUAACGUGAGUUAGAAAUGGAGCCUGCACGGUUCUCGGGUAUUGUGACUGUUGAAGAUCAAAAGUCGUACAUUAAGAUCGAAACUUUACGUGAAAAAAACCCGACAGAAAUCCACAGCUGAUAUCACCGGAGCUGAAAUCACAGUCCAACGAGUGGACGACCAAAAAAAUUUCGACGGUCUCAAUCAAAAGUCAAACAAAUGGUGAUCUUUGCUUAUGAUCACCAAGGAAUCAUCAUGACAAGCAGAAUUCCGUGCGGGAAAAUUGUCACAGCAGUUUAUUAUCAUGACUUUAUGCAAAAUCUGUGCAAAACAUACACAAAAACCGACCUCAGUUGCUCGAGUCUGGGCCGAUCAUUCUCCAUGACAACAUUCGCCCGCACAUCGGGAAUGUCGUAACAGAAAAGCUGCUCCAAUACGGUUGGGAGGUGUUGCCUCAUGCUCCCUACAGCCCGGACAUGAGUCCACCAGACUUCGACUUAUUCCCAAAAUUGAACCAACCUAUGCGAGGCCGUUGUUUUCCCUCUCUGGAAGAGCUUUCUGCUGCAGUACCCGAGCCUUCGACAGAUAAACAAAGAUGGUGUCCUGGAUGGAAUAGCAAAGCUUCCCACAAGUUGGGACUCGGUCAUUGAGAAGCAGGGGGAUUACAUUGAAGGACUGUAAAGAGAUAUUAAAAAAAAUAAACAUGGACAUAAACAAAAACUUGUGUGCUUUAUUUCUGAAAUGACCUACGUACAUUGGCGAAGCAGGCACAAGUCUAGCGUUGCGGCUCCGAGGUCAUAGGCCUAACUUCAAAGACGGUCUUCUAUAAAAAUCAGAACUAACUAAACGUACCUAUGUGUAGGUUGGGAUGAAGCUAGGAUUUUGGAAAUCGAAAGUAACAGCAGAUAUAAUAUUAUAUUUAAGCAUCCUCUUGCAUUGAGUUACCAAUUAUAGUCCAUUAAAUGUUCCGUCCAUAAUGCAACAAUCGAUAAUAUUGAUUCAAAAUUUAAUCCAUACAGUGGAAGUUAUGUGCAUAAGGUGUUAUAUAAAACUAUUAAAAUAUAUAUGAAUUAUUAUAAUACUACAUGUUUCGACCAUACAAUGCCAUCUUCAGGCAACACUUACGUGAGGAAUCCUAAUGCAUUAAGCACUAACCGAAUAUAAUUCCUUUUAUUAUUUUCAUUUCUUCUUCGAUGUUUUCUUCUUCGUGUUUUUUUUUUUCUUUUUUGUAGUGCUGUUGUUCCUCUGUCAUGCAUAACACAUGCUUAACUAAUACAGUUCUGCUUUAAAUUUUGGUUAUAUUACCUUGUGUAUCUAUGUAUUGUAUUUCUGUACUUAACGUAUUUCCCUGGUGUGCUCUUGAUUCUAUUUAUCAAUUGUGCCUUUGCGUUCACUGUAUUGAUUUUUGGUAUGAUUGCUUACGCUUAUAUAUCGUUGUACGUAUCGAGCGUGCUGUUACCUAUCGUAAAGCUCAUGCAGUGUUUGGAAUAUGGCGUUGUGCACUUCGAUCUCUAUAUCAUUCAUAUGUAAAUUAUUUCUGCCAAUUUUAUAAGUGUCGUAAUUUUCUCUAGGUUGUUCAAUUAUACCUUUCCUUCCUGUCGUUAUGACGUCCAUCGUACCGGUUAUUGUGCCGUAUGUGUGUCCUGUGACCUACGACAGUGACUGAGAUUACCUCAUUAUGAAGGAGCCAACAGAUUAAGCGUCUCUUUCCUACCUGUGGACGAAAUAAAAAAAUAGAUCCAGUUUCCGAAACGUUGUGUUCUCCAGUGUUUAGAAUACCGGACAAUGGAGAAAGAUGAAAACCCAGUAUAUCUCAUUCCUCCUUUUAUAUUUAAGUGACUGUAUCUGUGGUCUAGUGGUCAGAGUAUCUGCCUACAGAUACAGACGUUCGGGUUCGAUUCCCGGCGCUUCCAAAUUUUCUGAAAAGUAGCGGGUCUGGAACGGGGUCCAUUCAGCCUUAUGAAGAUAAUCGAUGAACUAUUUCAUGGAAAUAGCGACUCCGGUGUAGAAAACUGAAAUUAACGGCCGUAGGGAUUCGUUGCGACACCCU